CCAACAAUGGCUACUUCCCUAUCAACUUUAUUGCCAGAAAGCCAGCAGCCUCAAGAGCAAGAACCCAUAGCACAAGGAGACGUUCAUUCGUCAUCAGGAUCCAUCGGGCCAUUCUUUGCAGUCAUGUCGGUGUUGAUGGUGCUUACCAUUCUUUCGUGUGUCUUCGGAAGGAUUUAUGGCAGACAGGCAGCGGAGGCACCCUUGGAUAAGGUUAUAAAGAGUAGAAAUUGUUUCGGGUGGUUAAAAGGCAGAUUUUCGCAGUGUAUGGUGGGUUGUGGUGGUGCCGGUGGUGGUCAUGUGAUUACACUCGCAGGAAAAGAUAAAAACUCAAACAUAAGAGGCUUCCAUGGCUUCCGAAGGCGGCCGGCCACCACCACCACCACCACCAUGUCGACCACAUUGAUACCGGUUGACCAACUCAAACAACUCCGGGACAUAUUUAACCGGUUCGACAUGGACGCUGAUGGAUCCCUAACCCACCUAGAGCUAGCCGCCCUCCUCCGUUCUCUAGGCCUCAAACCCUCCGGCGAUCAGAUUGAUAUGCUCUUCAACAACAUGGAUUCCAAUGGCAACGGUGCUGUUGAAUUCGAGGAAAUGGUGCGCGCCAUGUUACCAGACAUGACGACGGAGCAGUACAUCUUCAAUCAAACACAACUUGUCAAGGUCUUCCAUUCGUUUGAUAGAGACAGGAAUGGGGUUAUCACGAGGGCUGAGCUCGCCAAGGCCAUGGCAAAAAUGGGUCAGCCAUUGACGUAUAAAGAGCUCACAGAGAUGAUCGAAGAGGCUGAUACAGAUGGCGAUGGUGUCAUUAGUUUUAGUGAAUUCGCAAGAGUGAUGGCUAAAUCUGCAGCCGAAUCGUUUGGAUUCCCCGUUCCAUUGCCUUGA